AUGUCGCUACAAACUGUAAAGCAAGAAUUCGCGCAACCACUAACAGCAGAUCCAUUUCCCCCACAACAAGUUAAUGGUGCACUAUCAGACAAAAAACAAAAACCAUCAAAGAAGGCAGUAGGAUCUAACUUGAAGACUAUCAGAGCUCCAGGGUCUCGGUCAGACCGUGUUGCUCAAGCUUGUGAUAGAUGUCGAGCUAAAAAGACAAAAUGUGACGGUGGAGAUCCGUGCUCAACUUGCUCGGCUGUGGGGUUAAAGUGUAUAGUGUCCGACAAGUUGAGUAGAAAAGCAUUUCCCAAGGGGUAUACUGAAACGUUGGAAGAAAGAGUGAGACACUUAGAAGCAGAAAUUAAAAGGUUGGUGGGUAUUUUAGACAUGAGAGACGAGCAACUAGAAUUGUUAGGGGGGCCAAAUAAUCACGCGAGUUUAAAUGACUCGAAGUCUAAUGUUGAACAGAGAGAAGAUCAUAAGAUCACAACCUCGAACUUGAACCUCCUAGACCAAGAAAAUAAAAUGCAUCUUCACCUGCACGAUGCCAACGGCUGCUCUUGUGGUUGUGACCAUUCUCACGCAGUUCAUGAACGGCCGGUAUCGGUCGCAGGGUCGUUAUACGAAGCUCCACCGCUUUCUAUUGCAAGUUCGGUAAAAAUCAGUGAUGACGAGGACUUUGACACCAACAGCUUGCUCAGUUUCGAAGAUACUCCAAGUACGCCAGUCCAAAGUGGCCGGAGACACUAUGCUUCUAACUCUUCAAACCGUGAUUCAACCCCUGCUCCUGGGGCAUUUGCGGCAGCCACAGCUAUUGCUCAAAUGCAAAGGAAAAGGAUAUAUGAACAGCAGCAGCACCAUCAACAACAACAGGAGCAGCAGCAGCAGAGCGAGACUAAUAAGCAGAGAAUGUUGACUUCACUAGUUGCCACUUCUUUGCCUAGGAGUACUGAGGAGACUCUUUGUGUGCCAACCCUUUUAGCUAGGAUCUGUCAAGCUUAUGGCUACGAUUCAAAGCCAUCAAUUUUAACAGCAAACACUUUGGCCACGUUGAAAGAUCACUCAACACAUAAAUCUCCUUUUGGUCAAGGAAUUCAUGACCGUGUAUUUAAUCUUUUAAUGAGUCGUGAUGAUGUUAUGAAGCUAAAUAAAGACGAGGCAGUGAUAUUUUUACGUGAUAUUGUGCAAUUCCCAGUUUCAAGAUUGGACAUUGAUCAGUUGUUGACGGUGUAUUUCCAACAAUGGGGCAAUGCCAUGCCUAUUCUAGACAAAAGCACCUUUUUGAAGAGUUAUGUGGAGGUCAUGCAAAUCAUGGAGACGGGAUCGGUAUCAGUUGAGGACGAUGGGUUAGUUUCUGAACUGAUUGAAAAGGUUGGCGCUUUGAUGGUUUUGUUAUUAAGUUUGGGACUUCUUGCAAGUAAAAAUGUAUACCUUAAGCUGGACAAUGCUCAAAAUUAUGUUUCUUUGAUGAAGCAUUACGACAUGUUGAUUCAUGAAUUCAUCAAGCCAAACUGUUUGAUAACAAAGCAUUGUUCAAUACAGUCACUACAAGUGUUAUCGUUGGCGCUUCAGUACUGCUUGGCCAUUGGCGAUAUUUCCACUUGCUAUGAUUUGAGAGGUAGAGUCAUUAGCAUGGCGCAGCAGUUGAGGUUACAUAGAUGUCCUGCAGCUAUCUUAGGUUUGGAUGUCAACGAGAAAAGCGAUUUAAAUUCCCGUAAUUUUAUGCAAGGUGAAAGGCGUAUCUUGUUUUGGUGUAUAUACUGUCUUGACACUUAUUGCUCAUUAAAUUUGGGUGUGCCAAGAUUGAUGAAAGACUAUGAAAUUGAAUGUGCAAUGCCGUUUUCAGGUAAAGGGAACGAAAGCGACCUGGAGAAUGGAGAAGACGAUGACAAUGUGAAUAUCUUGAUUGUCAACAAUACUGAGUUGACCAUUGUUGGUAAAGUUUCGAAAAUGGCGUUGAGCGUCAUGUUGUUUUGCAAAGUUUUGGCUAGCAUUUUGGACUCGAUAUAUUCUCGAUUUGACAAUGGUGAGGAUGCAAAUAGAAAAGCGUUGCACAAGGACCGGAUGUUGGAUUGCUGGCGCCGUGAGCUACCAGCUGACUUGAAAUUUGAUGUUGAUGUUAGUGGAUUGUCGUUGUCAACUACUGAUACAAAGUACUACCAGGGCAGUGUUUGGGAGAACUGUAAUACCCAACAGUCGACAUUAAUCUAUUUAUAUUAUCAUGCAAGAAUUUUGAUAUACUUGCCUAUUGUGUCCAAGUUUGGUAACCAUCACAAUGUUGGUUUGUCACAGAAGGAUCAAUUGAAUAAAGGUGAGAGUGAUACCACCACCAUCGUUUCUGCCAUGAGCUUGAUACACCAAUCGUCGAGUCAGAUUUUGCAGGUUAUAAAAGCAUCAGCUACAUCAUCUAGCUCGUCGGUUUUGCCAAUACCGCUUAAUAUCGCAAGGGAACAAUCUUUGCUUACAAUGUUGGUAGCUAAGGGAACGUUGGAUUAUAUUAAAGGUGGGCCGUUAUACAAUAACCUGAAGCAACUUUUACUCGAUUCGGUAGCAGGAAUAGCUAACGAUGCAAAAUAUGAGACCCCAGAUUGCUUGAAUAAAAAUUCUGUCAAAUUGUUGGAAUUAUCAAUCAUGAGUAUACUUGGAAUCAAUUUGAACAAGUUUUCUGACAACCUCAAGAAGAAGACAUCGGCAGCUCCUAUUCAAAAGACUGCAGUGGAAAGAGAACCAAAGCUUGCUGCUGCCAAGCCUUACGCCCAAUUUGUAUCAAACAUGAAGCAACAGCAAAAUGCCGACUUUGCACAUGGAGAACCUAAAUUCAGGACUAGUGUCGAUACCAACAACAACUUUAGUGCGCAAGGAACUCAAGACGUUGAUCUAUACGGUAAUCUUGAUGAUCUUGAAUCAUUAUUAAAAUUUGAUCCUUUUAGCAUCAACGUUCAUGAUUCGAUGCAUGUGAAUGAGUUUGUCACAGACGGAUCACUUGGAUUCGGUCCUUAUUUGGAAUUAUCCAACACUGGUAACCUUGAUCUUGACAAUAACCAUUUGUUCAAUAAUUUUCCCAACUACCACCAUCCUUCGCAAUAA